AUGUCAUCAGCCUUCGACACGAUACAUCGGUCAACUCUCCUCAGGCUACUCGAAGAUGCAGGAUGCUCAGAAGAUGACAUAAGACUAGUUAGAUAUCUGCUCGCUAACACCAAGCUCAGAAUUAAGAUCAAAAAGACGACAUCGGGAGAGAUCGAAGUCACAAUAGGAGCCUUUCAAGGUGACUGUUUGUCUGGCUCGCUGUUUACCAUGUACCUAGCUGGAGCACUCUACCACCUUAGAGUUGUUGUUAUACAUCUACGCCCAAAUCCCCCCAUAUCUGAAAGCUCCCUUCCUUUAGAAUGGGAAUAUGCUGAUGAUGUGGACUUUGCUGAUGAAGAUGAGGAUUCGUUACACCAGCUCCUUCCAAUUUGCAAGGAAAUUCUCUCAGAAUGGAAUUUGUUUGUGAAUGAAUCUAAAACCGAGUUUGUAAAGUGUUAUCUGGCUGGAAGUAGUGAGAAGGACGAAAAAGGAGAACCUCUAAGAAAUAGAGAACCUUGGAGGAAGUGUGUGUCCCUAGGCUCUAAGCUAUGUAGUAAAGAAGACAUACAGCAUCGUAUAAUCCUUGGAAAUGUCGCAUUCGAGAAAUACAAGUUUGGAUGCAAGGAUCUAAGAUUAAUCUGA